AUGUCUACGGUCGAAGAUCCUUUCGUCUCCCAUGCCAGGGAGGGAAUUGCUUCGCGCGAUUCGCACAAAUACUCCUCCUUUGACACCCAAUUGUUCAGCCUGAAUGCGUCCUCCCCCGCCCAAGCCAAACGGGCGCUCGAGGCUCAUCUGGCGGAAACCGAGCGCCGACUCGAAGAGGCAGGCAAGCUGGGAACGGCACUGAUCGAACAGCAGAAACAGCUCGAGGAAAAGCUGCGGGAAGUGGAGCAACAGCAGGAGGAGGGCCAGAUUGGCCCGGACCUACGUCGCAAGCUCGUGGACCUGGAGAAGGAGUACAAUGAGAUUGGCCGCGAAACGGCACGCGCAUUCCUGGCCCCGAAGCGUCUCGCCAGCGGUGAAGAUGGCCAUUUCGGAACUCCGCAUGAGCAAAAGUCACCCAUUAGCUCCGCCCUCUUCGCCGGCCAGGCCACCAACUCGCCCAGUAAAGUCAGCGUUCCGUCACGAAAGCAGCGCAAUCAGCCCUCCAACCGCGUCCAUGACAUUGAGUUCGCCACCGAGAUUUCUACCUCUCUCCUCGCACAAGUGCGCCAACUGCAAGCUCUCCUUGCAGAGCGUGAGGACGCCCUCAAAAAUGUGAAUCUCGAGAAAUCGCGACUCGAACUCGAGGCCGAGGGGUAUGCUCAACGAAUCAGAGUACUCGACGAAAGCGAAGAGCGCUAUAAAGACGAAAACUGGACACUGGAGACUCGAACCCGCGAGCUGAUGACAGCUGCCAAGGAAGCAGCCGACCGAGAAAGCAGACUCAAUAGCAGCCUGGGUGCUUUGGCCACAGAGAAAAGCGCUAUGGAGCGGGAGCUCGAGGAUCUGAGACAGGCCAAUGCGAAGCUGAUCGAAGAUCACACUGCUGCUCAGAAAGCUAACGAUGCCGAGAUUCACGUUUUGCGUCGCCAUGUGCAUGCUGGUGACACCGAGAAGCUUGCGCUGCAGCAGAAACUCGAAGAAUUGAACUCCCAGAAUGAGGAACUCGCCAGGGCAGUGGCCAUGCGCCUUCGCCAGCAAGAACAAGAGCUUUCCCGGGAAGUCCAUCGGGAUCAAGACUCAGACGACCAGGACCAUUCGACGCCCGAGAACUCCCCGCCGCCGUCUCCCAACAAGUUCACGCCGCGACACAACCACCUCGAAACGGAGACCUUGAAGAGUUCGCUCGGUCAUGCCCACCGCAUGAUCCAGAAUCUCAAGAGCACUAUCCAUCGCGAAAAGACCGAGAAGAUUGACCUGAAGCGCAUGCUGCAGGACGCCCGCGAUGAACUUGAGACGAAGCGCCGAGAGUCCGCGGCGUCAACCGGUCCGUCUAGCAAACGCCAGAAGACUAAGCCUGACCCUGCACGCAAGGCCGCACGGCCCGAUCUGCUGGGUGCUGGUCGAAAGAGAGCGGAGAUUGAAAUCCAUGAAUCGGAUUGGGAAGACAACGCUACCGACGCCAGUCCCUCUCAUAAAGCCGCUCUCAAGGCGUCCCGAGCCCGUAUGGGAGGACAGUCAUCUGAAGAACCGAGCGAUGCGUACCAGACCGCUACCGAAGCCGACGACAACUUUGAAACAGCCACCGAACGAGGAACAGCCACGGAAAGCGAAGCUUUCCAGACUGGCCUAGAAAGCAUGGCUGAUGAUAGCACGGAUAGCGGCGAGCUCACGGAGACAGACGACCGGCUGCAGAGGACUCCACGCGGGCGCGUGUCCUCUUUCACGAUGACCAAGACCCGCGACAGGAAGGCUUACGAGAGUACUGCCUCCAACUCAAGUGACGAGGACGUGAUCGAUGAGGAAGGCUUCCCAUCGCCUAGCCAAAUUAGUCCUAGAUACAGGGUGAGGAACAAGAGGAGUAUCGUGAGGAGGAUCCGUCCUUCUGGCGAGGCUCCCAUGGCUUCCAAUAGCAGGCCCUCCACCGCUCGCGAAUCUCCAGCCACAAGCUUCAUGCAAAGCUCAGCAAGCCCAGAGGGACAGAGCCUCUUCAUGGAGCUUGCUGAGUUGGACGGUGACGAUGAUCAAGAGGGUGACUUUGGACCUCCGAUGCGCUUCGACACGGCAUCACAGGUCUCGACUCCGCGCAUUCUCGCCGCUUACGAUUCCAGACGGCCAUCAGAAGCUGUUCUUGAUACUAUCUCGAAACCCCUCAUGGUUGACUCUGGUAUGAUGACGGAUCCAUGGGAGCCCGCUGUGCCUGCCACCGAGGAAACGGUCAACAACGCACCAGUGUUUCCCUCGAAAUCAGCCACAUCUGAUGCUGGCACUGCGACGGUGCAAGAGCAAGCGCCUGAACUGGUGCAUGCUUCAACUCAGUGGAUCGUUCCUGAAUCUGAGGCAGUUAUCGCUGAAACCCAGAGAGAAGUACAGCAACCAUCUGCUCAGGUGCAGUUGGAUGUCUCAUCUGUCUCUUCUGAGGAGACUGUUCCAUCUCCGCCGAGGCGCCCUCAUCUGGACACUGCGUAUGCUGUUGGAGUCACGACAGAACCCGCUGCAUCCGUCAUUCCUGACCCGCCAAAGGUGGCAUUGUCUUUGAUCUCCUCCGCUUCUACUGAGCCAAUCGUUGCGCGUGUUUCUCAACCCGAACCCGUCUAUGUUCCCAAUGUGGCGAUGUCGACACUUUCAUCUCAAUAUACCCUGCCUGUUGGGGCAGCCCUCCCUGAACCUGCGCCAGUGGUCGUCUUUGCUGAACAUGGCACCAACACUGAGAUUGUGGAGCUUACCGUCUCGCCACUCUACUCUCUGGACACCGAGCCUGUCGCGGCCAUUCCCAAGCCUACUCCGGUGGUCGAGCCUGUGAUUAUUGAGAAGCGCGUCGAAGUCGAACGUGAGCUUCCACCGCUGACUCUAUCGUCGAUAGUCGCUCAGCAGACGGAGCCUGUCCUGGCAGUAAUUGAGCGGAGCGUAGACCCAGAGCCCGAGAACAUCGUGGAGAAAGCUCAGGAAGUCGAGCUGCCAGAGCUGGGUGUAUCGUCAAUCUUCUCGCAACAGACCGAGCCCAUUCGAGAGAUUGCCGAGCCCAAGCUUCCAGAUUUGAAUCUUUCUGUCAUUGCAUCGGAAAGCACGGAACCAGCUACACCACAGUUGCACGAGGCACCAGUGGUUCAAGCUCCUGAAAUCUCACUGUCUGAGCUGCGCGCGGUGGAAACGAUCCCCGUCAAACAUGUCCCGACGGCUGUUGUUGUGCCCCCGGUUCAGCUGACCGAUGAAAAUGCGCCACCGGAGCACAGCGUGCAAAUGGUCAAGGGUCUCCCUGCUUCCGAACUGCCAUUGCUUCUUGUCAAUGAUGAUAGUCCAAGCAAAAAUGCGGCCAGUGGUACAAACGGAACGCCAGACUCCACUUCGCCUCUAAGCACCAUUUCUGGCAAUGCUGUCCCACGCCACACACGACAGCAAUCAUCGAGUCGGGUGGAACGGGCUGAUCAGGGUGCCCAAACAAUCCUGUCGUCGAAGCAGAUUGACCAGAUCCUCAUGGAUCGUGUCACCACCCGGCCACUAUCUCCUCCGGACAGUGAUAAGGCCAAGGAGCAGAACACCUCACCCUUUGCCACACCCCGAGCACGCACUCGUCCCACUCAUCAGUCCUCUCAAUCCUCUCUCCCAUCCCAUCAGCUCAGGCCGGGCAGUUCGCUCAGCCAUACCUCAAGCAUCCAGAGCCACCCGCCUUUGCCCACCGACCACAAGGAGGCUAUCAUGGCGGCCGAGAAACGAUCAUUGGACCAACGGCCAUCUUCUCCAAACUUGAUGGGCCCGCCUCUUGCCCCGGCCUCCGCUCACCGAACCAAUGUGAGCCAGCGCCCGCGAACUCCCAAUGAGUCGGGACUCCAAGUCAACUCGAUGUCUACUACGACCUCCCGCGUCAAACUCAGAAGCGAGAGUCACAGUCACAUCUCACGGAGGUCAUCGGUGUCAUCCUUUGCUUCUGAGAUCGAUGAGCGAUUUGCUGCGCAGCCCAUCGGUUCUCAGGGUUAUGCCGCUGGUACGGACCCGAGGAUGAUCCAGGCUAUCACGCAAACGAUGAUUGGCGAGUUCCUUUGGAAGUACACUCGCAAGACUGUCACCGGAGAGAUCUCCAGCACUCGACACCGACGCUACUUCUGGGUUCACCCCUAUACACGUACGCUGUAUUGGAGUGCGCAAGAUCCCCAGACCGCUGGUACACGUGAACUGAAGACCAAGAGUGUUCCCAUUGAGGCUGUCAGGGUCGUUCCUGAUGACAAUCCUUAUCCCCCUGGUCUGCACUGCAGGAGUCUGGAGGUGGUUAGCCCAGGCCGCCGGGUUCGGUUCACAGCAACCACCAGCCAGCGGCACGAGACGUGGUUCAAUGCACUGUCGUACCUCCUGCUGCGCAACUCGGCAGAAAAUGGCGAAGAGCAUCAGAGCAACGCCUCUUUGGAGGACAUCGAUGAGUUUAAUCCCGAGUUCCGCUCACGCUCUCGGCAGACCUCGAGACUCUCCUUCUCCUCUUCGCGCAGUCGGAAUGCACGGAACUGGCCGAAGGAGCGGGCCGGCUCCACCAUCUCAUCGCGCCGCACAUUGACGCCGGGUCGGGGUUCCCCUUCGCUUGCCUCGCCCUCGUCCUUUACUGAGCAGAGGAACGGAUCUAGUUCCCGCCUCAGCACAAUCUUGAACACGACAAUCAAGGGGUCGUUUGGUCGCAAGGGUCCUCGUUAUGCCAGCUCGAGUGUCCAUGAGGGAAGCAUUCACACCCGUGACAGCCAAGAUGACUUUCGGCACACGAUGGAGAGGCAAGAAAGCCAGGGUGACCGACUCGAGAAUGUGCGAGCUUGUUGUGAUGGCAAACACGAUGUCAGUGCCUUGUCCAGGACAAGCAAAUAUAGCCCGCGGGUGAACCGGAUUCAUUCCCAUCAUUGA